CAAAGGUUUUCAGUUAAUCGUCAACCGACACAGCGCGUACACCAAUCUUAACAACACAUAACCACAAAGGAAACUUAUACAUCAACUUUGCUAGUUACCUGGUGUUAUUUACACAUUAAAUAUUUAUUAUUUUUUUCAAAUCAAAUCGUCGAUAUAGAGUAGGUUUAUACCGAUUGGUACUGAUUUGUUAUACAUAUUGGAUUGAAUUGAAAGUUAUAUAGUGCUGGGAGUUCUAGUGGAUGACAAUAUUGUGCGAAAAGUUUAAUUUUAAUUUUAGUUUUUUUUUUGUGAUUUUUGACUUAACAUUUUGUUAGUUCUGUGCAUGGUAAAUAUCGUUGAGUUGCAACCAUCCGAGAAAAACUAGUGAAAAAGUCGAUUUAUAUCGAAUUAAAACACAGAGAAAAAUUGAAUGGAUUUAUCAGUGAAAUUGAUAUCGAAUCGAUACAAUUUGUUUUACCUUUAAACUUAACAUUGCCGAUUUAAUCAAAGAUUAGAAUGUCUGACGCUGGAGUAAUCGACCGAAUCGUGCAUUUCUUUGUAGUGAACGAAGAUCCUAGAACUAAACCAUGGCUGCUCUCCAGCUCACCAGGACCGCUGUUCACAAUUCUAGUCACAUAUUUAUACUUUUGCCUUUAUGCCGGUCCACGAUACAUGAAAAAUAGAAAACCAUUCGAAUUGAAGAACACAUUGAUCAUUUAUAAUGCAGUUCAAGUUGUGCUUAGUGUUUAUUUGGUGGUUGAAGGCCUCGAAGGUGGCUGGCGAAAACAUUAUAACUUUAGAUGCCAGCCAGUUGAUUACAGCAAUAACCCGAUAGCGAUAAGAAUGGCGCGUGCAGUGUGGCUGUACUACAUGUGCAAAAUAACCGAAUUGUUGGACACAGUCUUCUUUGUGUUGAGAAAAAAGCAAAAUCAAAUAUCGUUUUUGCAUCUGUACCAUCAUACACUGAUGCCCAUUUGUGGAUUUAUCGGUCUAAAAUAUUUUGCAGGUGGACACGGAACGCUUCUGGGAUUAAUUAACUCAUUUAUACAUGUCAUCAUGUAUAUGUAUUAUAUGCUAGCUGCCAUGGGACCACAAGUGCAAAAACAUUUGUGGUGGAAGAAAUAUUUAACUGUUAUGCAAAUUAUUCAAUUUUUAAUCGUUUUUGUACAUACAAUCCAAAUCCAAUUCCAACCAAGUUGUAAUUUUCCCAAAUCAAUCGGAUGUUUGUUAACAUUGAACGCCGGUUUAUUCACCUAUAUGUUUUCAUCGUUUUACAUUAAAUCGUACAAUCGAGCACCGAAAUCGGAAAAAUAUAACGGACUCGACCAUAAAUGCAGCAAUGGCAUUGCUAAUGGUAAAGCAGCGAAUGGUGAGCUGUUGAACAGAGUCAAUGGCGUUCACAAGCAAUCGAAUGGAUUGGUAACGUCACCGGAAUUGAAUGUGGAAGAUUUGUCGCCGAAUACAAAGAAAAAUGAUUAACGGAAUUGCCAGAAUUUCCACGUUUAGGAUCUAUUUUGCAAUGCGACAUUGUUUGUAAUUUUUGUUAUCGAUAAGGCUAAGUACAACAUUAGGAAUUGAAUAUUAUUUAAGAUUUGGCAGCAAGAAUUGCAUUCGACAUUAGUUUAUAAAUAUGUGAUAGCUUUUAAUUGUAAAUUUAAUUUUUAUUUCACAACUGAACAUCAAGUGCGACGGACUUUUUUCAUAAUUUAUUAUUUACUAACUUGUACAACAGCCACAACAGCACCUUUGUUGAUGCAUCCGAAGAGGAAACGUUUAGGGGCUGUCCAUAAAA